UGGAUGCUAGAGGGAAUUGCUUUAGAAACGGACAAAAUGAUAACAAAAGCGGCAGGCCAGGUCAUUCCUAUCAAUUAUUCUACAAAUCUGUUUUAACGUGUUGCCCGCAAUUCACUGCAGUCCACAUGUGUUUCUCCCUUUGGUUUUUGUUACCACUUUGCCUAUUAAUAAAAGAGUAGAAGGAGAGAAUCAAAUUGAAGAACAAGGAGCUAGGAAAGCAGAAACAAAGUCAAUGAAAAUUGGUUCAGAAAGAAAACAAACAAAAAGGUUACUCUGUUAGCCUUCUAGCUAUUUGCUCUUCCCAAAGGUUAGCGGUCAGUCGAAAUUAUAUAUAGCAUUGGAAGCAAAAAAUGGCAAAUUUUGCUGGGAUUCAACAAAAAUGCAUGGCAUGCGAUAAGACUGUCUACUUGGUUGACAAGCUGACUGCUGAUAACCGGGUUUUCCACAAGGCUUGCUUUCGAUGCCACUAUUGCAACGGUACUCUCAAGCUUAGCAACUAUAACUCUUUCGAAGGGGUGCUAUACUGCAGGCCUCACUAUGAUCAACUCUUCAAGAGAACUGGCAGUCUUGACAAAAGUUUUGAAGGAACACCAAAGAUUGUCAAACCUGAAAGACACAUAGAAAAUGAGAAUGCACAGAAAGUGGUGAACUUGUUCGGUGGCACCAGAGAAAAAUGUGUGGGCUGUAAUAAGACUGUCUAUCCAAUUGAGAAGGUUACGGUUGAUGGGACACCAUACCACAAGAGUUGCUUCAAGUGUACCCAUGGAGGUUGCACUAUUAGUCCGUCAAACUACAUUGCACAUGAAGGAAAACUCUACUGCAAACAUCACCACAUCCAACUCUUCAAGGAGAAAGGAAACUACAGCCAGCUUGAGAAUGACCGCGACAAAAACCCCAUGACUGAGAAACUUGCGUCCAUGGAAAUUGCUGCUGAAUCAUAGCUUACGACUGGAAUGAAACUCCCUUUUUAUUUCCCUCGCUGGCUCUUGUAUCUCUCCGAGUCCGACAGACCAUCCAUGUCAUUGCUGUGUCGAUUUGUCCUAUGGAAUUUUUUUUCACCUACUAUUAGUCCAUAACCUCCCUUGCGAGAUGAGAUUUCAUGGUGUGACAUUGGGUUAUUUUCCUAAGUGGAGUGAGCUUUUAAAUAAGACUAGUCAUGGUUUGUUUCAGCAUUUGCUUGUGAAACUAUCAAAGGAUUUCUGUGGCUUGAAACAUCUUAUUCUAUAUGUUUGAUUUUCAGGUUUUUGUCUGCUGGUUUUUAAAUCCAAUAACCCAUGAUGUCACCAGCGGCAGUGAAAUCCUUCACUUGUAUCUAAUCAAAAUAAUACAUACACAUGAGCCUUUUUACAAUGAAGAUCAGAAAGGGACGAAUCCAUAAAAAGGACAAUCAUCAUAAAAGCAACUAUAAUGGCUGACAAAGUGAGGACUCCGGUAAUAAUUACCAAGUCCAAGGCAACAAACCAAUUAUAAACUGUUUGUUUUCUGGAUUUUGGUUCCAUGA